UUGGAUAGAAGCUGAACAGCUGCGAUGACACCAGCGAAUGAGCGAAAGAAGGAUAGAAGCGUGCCGUGAUCUCGUGAUUGUUGUUUUCAAAGCAUUAUGUUAAUUUGGGUAGUAUUUCUGAGUUUUUAUUGUUAAAUUUUGUUGAAACUAUUAAUUCAGUAGAAAAAAUGAGUCUCGAUAAUGAGCAGAAUGUUAUUUCAGCGGAGGAUGCAAAAAAAGCAGAAGAGUUGAAGGCAGAGGCAAAUGAGCAUUUCAAAAAACAAGACUUCUUAGAAUCAAUACGGUUGUAUACAGAAGCAAUCAAUACCAAUCCAACAGUGGCUGUCUACUAUGGGAACCGUAGUAUAGCUCAUUUAAAAGUAGAGUGCUUUGGUUAUGCUCUAGCUGAUGCAUCCAAAGCGAUUGAGCUCGAUAAAUCCUACGUAAAAGGAUAUUACAGAAAAGCUAUGGCAUAUAUGUCAUUGGGAAAGUUCAAACAAGCGCUCAAAACGUUUGAAGCAGUAAUCAAAGCUAGACCAAAUGAUAAAGACGCAAAAGCCAAGUAUACUGAGUGUAAUAAGAUAUGCAAUAAAUUAGCGUUUGAAAAGGCGAUUGCUGUCGAUGAUUUGAAGAAAUCAGUUGCGGAAACAAUCAAUUUUGAAGGAAUGGUGAUUGAAGAUGAUUAUAAAGGCCCUGCGUUAGAAAAUGGAAAAGUGACUGAAAAGUUCAUGAAAGAUCUGAUAAGUACAUUCAAAGAACAAGGAAAACUUCAUAGAAGGUUUGCUUAUCAGAUGCUGUUGGACGUGAAGCAAUAUUUGAUGUCUCAACCAUCACUAGUAGAUAUUAAGGUACCAGAUGAUGAAAAAUUCACAAUUUGUGGAGACAUUCAUGGUCAGUUUUAUGACCUCCUAAAUAUAUUUGAACUCAACGGGUUGCCUUCAGAAACAAAUCCAUAUCUUUUCAAUGGUGAUUUUGUGGAUAGAGGAUCUUUUUCAGUAGAAUGUAUUUUUACAUUAUUUGGGUUCAAGUUGCUGUAUCCAAACCACUUUUUCAUGUCUAGAGGUAAUCAUGAGAGUCAAACAAUGAAUCAGAUGUACGGCUUUGAAGGAGAAGUGAAAGAGAAGUUCUCCAGUCAAAUGUCGAAUCUAUUCACUGAAGUGUUCAACUGGCUUCCAUUAGCGCACUGCAUCAAUCAGCGAGUUCUGGUGAUGCAUGGCGGCCUCUUUUCCAAAGACGAUGUAACCUUAGAUGCCUUGAGAGAAAUUGACAGAAACAGACAGCCUCCCGAAGACGGCCUAAUGUGCGAGCUGCUGUGGUCGGACCCGAUGCCAGACAAGGACAGAGCACAGAGCAAGCGAGGCGUGGGAGUGCAGUUUGGCCCUGACGUCACCGAAAAGUUCUGCCAACUCAACAAACUCGACUACAUUGUCAGGAGUCACGAAGUCAAAGAUGACGGCUACGAGGUGGCUCACAACGGCAAGUGCAUCACUGUCUUCUCGGCGCCCAACUAUUGUGAUCAAAUGGGUAACAAAGGAGCUUUCAUAACAUUGAAUGGCAAAGAUAUGAAACCGAAGUUCACUAUGUACAGUGCUGUGCCACACCCUGAUGUAAAACCGAUGACCUACGCUAGUCAGUUUUUCAGCUCAUUAAUGUAAGAACAGUUAGCCAUGAGUUAGCACACAUUUAUUUGUAAGUAUCCUUCGAUGCGAGAAUUGUGAUCAGUGAAAUGCACGUUCAAGUGUUACCAAUAAUAGUUUGUUGAUUCUAGAGCUAUUUCAUUCGGAUUUGGUAUCGUGCUACGUCUAUUGAAAUAACAGUCACAAAUAUAUUUUAUCUGGUGCUUUUCUGUUGAAACCAGUUUAGAUAAAACUCUGAUUCAAUUGGCUGAGAAGGGUAUUGUUGAAAGUGUUGAACUUCUACAAGGUUAAUAUCAUACCUCAUAAAAUUGCAAAAUUGUUUUAAAAUCUAUAUUUUAUAUAUUAUUGUUGAAGAAUUGACCAUUUUGUAAUUCUAUGAAUACUGUAAUCAAAAUUCAGUUAAUUUGUAUCUUGCUAUUUUUAUAGUUUUAUCUUGAAUAAUCAAUUGGCAAUGAUUGACUCACUUGAACGCUUGUGAGCAAAACGCAUAUCUAUUUUGUGUUUAUAAUACUAGCACCGUUCAACAUUUUUGGAUAAUGUCAAUUUUUAUUCGUUCUAAUACUUUAAUUCGACAAAUUUUUCUUCUUUAGACAACAUACUCGUUGUGUUUUAUUUAAUUAUUAUUUUUUAAUAGUAUAGUUCAAUAUAAUUGUACCCACAUAUUAAAAAUUGCAUUUCAAUUUGAAGGUGUUUACAAAGUAUAGGACAUCGUAGAACCAUGAAUUUUUCUAAAUGUCUCACAACUCACAAACUAAAAGUAUGUUCACCAUAGAUGACUCAUUCAUACAUAAACAUAGAUACAUGAUUCAAAGUGCUUUUUUACUGUAUUUUUUGGCUGAGUAAUAUUUUAAAUCAGAACUUUAAUAUUGGAUAACAUCAAUGUUUAAAUGGGGUGUAUUUUGAUUUUCAAUCUCCUAAACUAGUACAUGAAGAUGUUGAUCGCUAACGUCUUUUUUCUCUUUCAAUUUUGAAAUGUUUCGCUGUCAUACGAUUCGCAUCGGUUUGUGGAAAUCGUAUAGCUUUGAAAAACGUUUAUGAACUACAUUGAUGAAUUCAUCAAUUUGAUAGAAUUAUAUUUUUGCAAUUAGAUUAUCAAUAAGAUAAACAAAUUUUAAUUUGUUGAUUUAUGUAACUUUUUGCUAAAAAUCGUAUUAAUUAAUCUAGCUAAGUUUCUAAGUUAUAUAAUUAUUCAUCUGAAGUAUUUAUUGUCUAACUUGUGAAAAUACGAUGAGCUCUAAGAUCAAUAUUGUGGCUCUUGACUAUGAGCAUUUUUACUCUGUUAAUAGCCAAAUUUUAACUAUGUUCAACAUUUUAAAUACCAAUCUAUUUAUUGAAAAGAUGAUGAAAUAUUAAAAUUUCAAGGCAGAACCUACCAUUUUGUUAUGGAAAUCACCGAUCAGAUUUUUUUCCAAGUCGUAAUACAGUUACUUGAAACUAACUAAAAAGCUCAAUUUUCAAUUAACUUGUAUCAAUGAAUAGUAUCACCGCUCACCUAAUGUAGGCCUGAGUCUCAGUUCCUUUCAGCUUUACAAAUUUAUUUUUAGCAGAGAAUCUUUACUAUUUGAUGGAAAUUAUUUAAAAUAUUUGUAUUUAUCUUAAUUCUUGAGAUGCUCUUGAGAGAUUAUUAUGCACUGAAGCUUUUCAAUGUCUAAUAAUUAAUUUUUUCAAUGUUGCGCAGAAGGCUACUAUAAAAAGAAGAAAUUUUGAGCCAUAUUGAACCGGCAUAAUUUUAUUAUUAAAAGGUAUUAACAUACUUUUAUUCAUUUUCCCUAAUAAUUUAUAUCAUGAUUCAUUUUUGGUUAGAGAUAUAGUUUUCAUUAAAUUUUUCUUGUAAUUGUUAUAUUGUUUUUCUGACAUAAUCGCAUUAUCGAGCAUAAUAGGCUGCACUACUGACAUGUUCAUUGACAAUAAUCCAAUGAUGGGAUAUUCUAAGGUUUAUUGUAGGCUAUUGUCGAUGCAAGUGAUCCUCCAAUACUGGCAAACUUAUUUGAAGAAAAGACAUGCCUUGACUGAUGUAAUUGAGAGUGGCCUAUUGAUAUUAAUACGUAAGUGAUUCCAAUAAGAAUUUUCAGCUGUCCAUUAAUUUAAUUAUCAGAAUAUUUUGUGCGGAUUUGCUACCUUUGCACAGAAGAAAGUAAAUUGAGUUGUACUGUCAUAAAA